AUGGCUUCUACCAUGGCAGCGAAUGCAACCAAUGUACACAACGUGCGAUCAAACCGUGGUCCCAACAUGGGUUCGUCCGGCAUGAACAACGAUCGCUCGCGUGGAUCUCACAGCAAUGGCGUCGGGAAAGGAUUUGGUGGUAGCAAGUCAAGCUGGAACAGCAACAUCUGGGGUGACUCCAAUCUCGGCAGUGGUUUUGAUGACCAACAAAUCGGUGAUGGUGGAUUUGAGGCAAAGUCAGGCUCGGGCUCUCUUUUGUCGACAUCAGAGUCAGAUGGCUGGGCUGGUCGCCCUAAUCUUCCAUGGAGCACUGUUAACACGCAGCUGGCCAUGAACCAGAACCGCGGCAUGUCGACAUCUCCAAUUCAGACUCGCUCCAACGAUCGCAGUGCCCCGCCCAUGAACGAAUCGUCAGAUGGAUCAUACUUCAACCUGCCUCGGACUUCGGGGAUGACCAACGCUGCAAACACGGUCAGCCACCGACCGUAUUUGAAUGCUGGAUCUGAGGGUGUUUCUCCCUCUGGAGAAGGUAUCGCAUUCGGUGGAUUCCCCGCACUGCGAAACGGUGAUGGGCGUCGACAGAUGAGCACCACCGGUCUCGGUGGCAGCCCCGUGGGAGCUUCAUUCCCUGUGAAGGCUGGAUACAACGGCGCGAUCGAUGGGCAGCGGUCCGAAGACAUGGCCUCAAUGGGCAUGUCAUUGGCUUCAGGAAUCCAGGACGGCAUUUCUCCACCUCAAACUCGCAGCGGACUUUCCCACAUGCCUCACAACUCUGCUUCCUACGCUCAGCGACCCGUGCACUCCUCCAACCCUUCUUUCUACUCCGACAACCACAGCAUUGAUGGUCGUUAUGGAGGCGGCUCGAUCGAUCUAUCCGCUGGAUUUAACAAGCUCCAGAUAAACGAAGGUGGAUACAGCACACAGGUAAACGCCCAACGGCCACCGUUCAUGCCCCAUGCGUCAUUCGAUGGAUCUCUUCCCCGGGGCAAGUAUCAGAAUGACGAUGGUUACCAGUCGUUGGCUGGUUACAGUGGAGAAGGUGCAGACAUGCAUCUUCAAUACCACCCACGCUCCCGUGGCGAUAAUGGCUCUAUCUCUCCCUCCGACUACGCUCGAAUCGAUAGCCCCAUAUACGCCGGCCUCGAUGUGGCCACUCAGUACCGCAACUCCGGUGGCCGCAUGUCUGAUAGCCAGGCUGCCGCUUUUGAGCGCCGCCUGCGGCUCCAAGAGCAGGAACUCGCUCAAGCCCAGGGAGGCUCUGUGCCGCGCAUGCAGAUGCCCGCCUAUGAAUACGCCAACUACCAAAAUGCUGCCCGAAUCAAUGCACUCCAAGGAUAUUACCCUAUGGCACAGCUAGGCGGUAUUGGUGGAGCAGCGGCUGCUGCAUCGCGCGCGCAACGCGAGCAGGAUCCCACCCAGGUGGUUCGCAGCCCCUUGCUGGAGGAGUUCCGAGCGAAUAGCAAGGGCAACAAGCGUUACGAGCUGAAGGAUAUCUACAACCACGUCGUUGAGUUCAGUGGUGAUCAACACGGCUCGCGGUUCAUCCAGCAAAAGCUGGAGACUGCCAACAGUGAUGAGAAGGAGCAAGUCUUCCGGGAGAUCCAGCCCAACUGCCUGCAACUGAUGACCGAUGUGUUCGGUAAUUACGUUGUGCAGAAGCUGUUCGAGCACGGCAAUCAGACUCAAAAGAAGAUUCUCGCCAAUCAAAUGCGGGGUCAUGUCCUUGCCCUGUCGACGCAGAUGUAUGGCUGCCGUGUUGUGCAAAAAGCUCUUGAGCACAUCCUCACCGACCAGCAAGCUGCCAUGGUUAAGGAGCUCGAGAGCCACGUUCUGAAGUGCGUUCGUGACCAGAACGGCAACCACGUUAUUCAGAAGGCGAUUGAGCGUGUGCCAUCGGAAUACGUUCAGUUCAUCAUCAAUGCCUUCCGCGGCCAGGUGAACCGACUUGCUGCGCACCCCUACGGAUGCCGGGUCAUCCAGAGGAUGCUUGAGCAUUGUGAAGAGAUUGACCGCCAGUCUAUUCUUGCUGAGCUGCAUGCCUGCACUUCUAACCUCAUUCCCGAUCAAUUCGGCAACUACGUGAUCCAACAUGUCAUUGAAAAUGGCGAUGAAGAGGACCGUAACCGCAUGAUCAUCAUUGUUAUGUCGCAGCUCUUGGCUUACUCCAAGCACAAGUUUGCCAGCAACGUUGUUGAGAAGAGUAUUGAGUUUGGCGAGCCGAGCCAAGCUCAUCACAUUAUCUCUACCCUCAUCUCUCCCAAUGACCGCGGGGAGAGCCCCCUUCUUGGCUUGAUGCGAGACCAGUAUGGCAACUAUGUCAUCCAGAAGGUCCUCGGUCAGCUGAAGGGAGCCGAACGCGAGGCACUCAUAGACCAGAUUAAGCCUCUCCUGAGCCAGCUCAAGAAGUUCAGCUAUGGAAAGCAGAUCGUGGCUAUCGAGAAGCUCAUCUUCGACCCCAACUCCCCAGCCACUGGCCCCUUGUCUCACAGCACUUCGGCUACUCCUCCUCAUUCCCACAAGUCCUCCCCUCAGCCCUCCAAGCGUUCCAUUCCCACCAUGGAGCAGCCUCGUGCCUUUGUCGGUACCGCCCCGCCAACCCCUCCUCCGACGGACCCCCAGACUACCGUCGAUGGUUCUCUCGAGCCAAAGGGGCUUGCUAAGAGCACUGUGACCUCGGUGUCCAGUCCCGAGACGGAUAACACCGGUGUUCCCGUCUCGGUCGAUGUCACCAGUGCUCACUAA